UAAAACACCUCCCAACCCCCAAGGUAUUGCACUUGUACCGAGUCGUCCUCAGACAAUAUGGCUUCCAAGUUGGUGAUCGUCGUCGCAUUGGUUGUCGUAGCGCAGGUGUCUGCGUCUCCCUUGUUUUUUGACAUCGGAGAAAUCAUCAGUGAUAUCAAAGAUGGCGCGGAAGCAGUUGCGAACGAAAUCCAGCAAGGUAUUGAGAACGCCGUGAAUGGGAACAGCAACGGCGCUUCGACCAAUGCCACUACCUCUGACAACUCUACCGCUUCCUCAUCGGGUAAUGCGACCACCGAGGGCAACGCAGCUAGCUCUGACAGUUCCUCUUCAGGCAUUGAAAGCAUGAUUGAUGCGAUCACGAAUGCUAUGAACAACGCCGCAAGCGCUGCGAAGAACGUUGCAGACAACAUCUUCAACAGCGCAGAGGCAUUUAACGACGCCAUGGCUGCCAAAGUAAAAGAUGCUUUGAACUCUACGUCUACACAGCUGAACAAAAUUGAGUCGCUGGUGGAGGGCGCGUUCUCCGACGCGGCGUCCGACCUGGCCGACAAGGCGUCGAGCGCGGUGUCCGCCAUGGAGACGGCGGUGGCCGCCGUGGGCAACGCGACGCAGGACAACAUCGCGAGUGCCGAGCAGGCGAUGCAGCAGGCCGCCGCCGCCGUGCAGGCCCUCAACGAAGCCGCCGCCGACGCCUCCUCCGCCAAGGCGCAGAUGGUCGUCUCCUCCAUCGAGGAGGCCCUGAACUCCACCCAGGCGCUGUUCGACAGCGUCAAGUCCAAGCUGAGCAGCGACGCCUCAUCCAGUGCGUCCAGCGACUCGAGCGCUUCCAGUGUCUCCAGCAGCAACAGCACCGCCAGCUCGUGAGAAACUGGAGAGGAGGGCAGCGGCAGGCGACAACAGCCAGGAAUCUAUGUACAAUCUCUGGUGACGAAAUAAACGUGUGAGCAAAGCAUCA